UACCGUGCUAUGUGCGAUCUUGAAUGGUAUACAUUGGAGUCGUGUAAGGCAAAAAAUAUUAUUUUAUUAAUGUUACUAGCCAAGGAACUUUUACGCAUUACUGCAGGAAAAGUUCUACCAUUAACAAUGACCACUUUUUGCAGCGUAAGAUUAUUAAUAAAUGUAUCUGUAAUUCAAUGUAUCUUCCUUUCUCUGCUAAGUUUUUUAACAAAUAUUUAAUAAGAAUAUUUUUUAAGUGUUACAAUUUUUUUAGUAUUAAAUUUUUACAGCAAGAGAGACUAUUCUCUCCUCUAUCUACGUAAAUAUAAAAAAUUAUUGUUACAAAUAUAAAUGAAAAAGCGCAUAAAGAAUAUAAACAUAUAUUUCUGUUAAACAUUAAUUCUUCUUUUGUAGAAUCUCUUAUCUUGAUUAAAGAUAUAUAUUAUUUACAGUUAUUAAAAACAUUGGCUAGCUAUGUAUCUUAAAUACUAGCAAUGUGGAAUUAAGAGUUCAUAUAAUAAUAUAUUAUUAUUCAGUUAUUCAAGAAAAUGAGAAUUGAAUUAGUAUUACUGCAGAAAUAAAGUUUUAAAUUCUUUACAUCUCAAUGUAUGAUAUUUAUUGUAAAAGUAUUAUCAUGUGAUUAUGUGACACGAGAUAGUGUCAACGGCAGAAACAUUCCGAAAAGAAAUUGAGAUUCGUGUGUUUCCUUCUUUUCGAUCUGAAGAAAGCAAAUCUAUUCUUCAAAUUUUUUCUUUUCUAUUCAUAUGUUUACUGUGUAUAUGAACAUAGAAAAUUUAGAAAAAUAAUUACAGAUUUUUGUUUGUAUCUUACCGAAUCUCAAUUUUGUGAGCUGCAUUCAUAAGAUGAAUUACGUGGAUACUACAAUUGGAGUUUUAUCAAUGUCGGUUUUCGCAGCAGUGGCGCAACUUUCGAUAUGCAGAAAACAGGUCGUAUUAUUUUGUACUUGAUAAUGAUGAUGUGUCCAAACAAUUUAUAUUAUGCAAUAAAAUUGCGAUUUUACAGUCUUUUAGGCAGAUCUUACCAAGCGAAAAACAUGAACGAAAUAUCGGAGGAGAUGAGAAUGGAGCUCGGAAUAAGAAGACAUGCGCGAAAAACUUCAAUAUUGUAUAUAAGUGUACUUCAUUGACGCUAAAGACAAUUAUGUAUAUAAUACAUACAUACAUACAACUAUGUAUAUAGUCCACUCGAUCCGAUAUACAUGUGUCAUAUCAACGCAUAUACCUUUGCAAUAAAUAUUCAAAAAAUACGCGUAAGAACGUGUAAUGCGAUGCCUUUUUUUCUUGUUAACUGCAAUUUCUCUGUGUUCUCGCGUGUUCGCUAUAUAAAAAUCCAUUAAAAAUGCAUUUACGUGCCAAUGUUUUUUGCUCCGUACACGUGCGUAGCAAGGUACGAAAAAACUUUUAAAAAGUUCGGCGAAUAAUGUGACAUAAUAUUUCUUAUUUUUCCAUCGUAUUAGACGUUAAUACUUUUUAUGACAUAUUCUUAUACCUGUAAAGUUUUGUUACAAAACCGACGAUUGUAAUCGCCUGAGAGGGAGAGCAGUUUUAAUAUUUAAUGCAUCCCUCGAUGAGAAGCAGCAGGUUGUUAUACUCGCAUUGUGAGCAUGCGUGACGAGAAUUUUUUGCCAUAGAUCGGCGAAAAUUGGAAUAGAGUUCCGAGCAUUAGUCUUCGCCAUGGACGCUUCCGAAUAUUAUUCCCGUUACAGAGAUUUUGAGUGGGCCGUGGAAUUAAAUCGAUUCGGUCUGAAACUGGUCGGUUUAUGGCCCAAAACGAACGAAGUAGCUAAGAAUAACUACGCGUCCGAUCUUCGCGUAGGCAUAAUUUUUGUUAUAAUAACGUUCGUCUCCGGUAUUCCUCUCAUAUGCUCCCUUGUACAAGUUUGGACCGAUAUGAUACUCGUGAUAGACAAUUUACAGAUUACGUUACCCCUGAUGUUGGUCUCAUUGAAACUUGUUAUCAUUAGAUGGAAACGAACAGCUGUCUUAUCCAUCGUGAGGAUGAUGGCAGAAGACUGGAUGGCGCCGAAAAUAGACGCGGAGAGGGACGUGAUGGUGAAGCGUGCGCGGACCGCACGGCUUUUCGUGAUUUGCGGAUACGUUCUGAUGAUAUUCGCGUUCAUCACGAUUAUCGUUCUUCCUUGCUUCGGUCUGCCCUUUAGACGCUUAACAAAUCUCACGGAUCGGGACAGACCGUUGCCGCUGCAGACGUAUUACUUUUACGAUACGGAUAAGAGUCCGCAGUUUGAGUUGACACUUCUUAUUCAAGCCACGACGAUCUUCUUGGCGGCUGUAACUUACACGUCGGUGGACGCUUUCCUCGGACUCGUGAUUCUCCACAUUUGUGGUCAGCUGGAGAACUUUAGACGCCGAUUAAUCAGCCUGGCCUUGCGCAAAGAUUUCAACUGCGCUCUACGCAACAACGUGAUCGCUCAUCUGCGGCUCAUCAGAUUUGCCGAUAAAAUGGAGAAUACAUUUGCCUUAAUGAUGUUGAGUCUAGUAUUCUAUUUUGGUAUCGUAUUUUGUCUAUAUGGAUUCCUGUUGCUCAGUGUGGUCACUAACGCAGAAAAUAAUGUCUCUUUCUCGCGAGUAGGCUACGUGAUAGUCGGUGUCGUUACUCUAUUAGCGCAUACCUUUCUCUACUGCGGUGCUGGAGAAAUUAUAACAGAACAAUGCGAGGCAGUCUAUCGCGCUAUGUGCAAUCUUGAGUGGUACAGAUUGAAACCAAAAGAGGGAAGAACCCUGAUUUUACUAAUGAUACGAGCCAGCGAACCUUUCCGCAUCACCGCGGGAAAAAUAUUUCCAUUAACGAUGACCACAUUCUGCAGUUUAUUAAAAACGUCGGCCGGUUAUGUAUCGUUUCUACUAGCAAAUCGCGAAAUUGAAGCGUGAGAAAAAUUACAUUAUUUUUUUCAGAAAUUGAAAGAGAAUAAAUAGUAAUAUAUUUUCGAUGAGUUAAUAUUAUGACCAAAAACUGAUGACUAUAUCGGUAAGAGAGAGAAAGAAAGAGAGAGAAUGUAGAAUUAAUUUGUUUAAAUUAAAUUAAUGUAAAAGUAAUAUUUUCCAAAUAUUUAUAUGUAUUUAGUAUUCCCACCCACAAAAAGCUAAUUGUGAGAUAUUUCUUUCUAUUAGUUCGCGUAAGUAGAACUAAUCAAUAAUAUGAGAGACGAAGAUGUGUUUUACGUAUAAUAAGUUUAUUAGAUUAAAAAACAUGAUAAUUAUAAAUUAACGAUAUGUAAUACAAUCUAUGCGUCUAAAUUUAAAAAAUCUUCAAAGUAUAUAUAAUAAUUUAAUAAUAAUGUUCUUAUUAUGUUUAUCGAAGGGCAACAAUCACAUCUAUUUUUGAUAAGAUAACUGUGUAAUUUACAUAUCUAUUAUAUUAUAUUUA